AUUUAAUUAAUAUAAACAAUAAUAACUGAUAAUCAAUCAUCUUCAAUCAAGACCCCCAUUUAAAGAAAUCCAAAAAUUGAAUCCAAAUAUACUUGAAAACAAACCUUCCAUUUCUAAAUGCUUCUCCUUUACUGUUUCUAAACAUACAUCACCUACCAUUUUGAUAACUCCAUCUCUUCUUCUUCUUCGACAGAAUUCUCAUGUCCCUGCUGUACUCUUUACUAAACCUUACAUCAACAGCAUCAUCUAAACAAUUAUUAUUAUUAUUAUUAUUGUCAUUGUCAUUUAGGGUUAGAGUUAGGGGUGCUAGAGUUUUCAAUACAACCAGAUAUCAGUUAGGGUGUCAGAAAGCUCUAUCUGAGCUUAGAUUCAGACACCCUUUAAUCCAUACAAGAAACCCUUCAAAGGAAUUUAUCAAAUUUCUCAAUUUUGGUUCUUUCUUAUUCAUAAUGGGAUUCAUUUGGGGGUUUGGUUUUUUUUCCAACUUUAGCUGUUUUUGAGAUUCUUAGAUCAGAGAUCUGAAAAAGGUUGGAUUCCCCACAAGGAACUUCAGUUUUGUAGGUGUCAGGAGCAAUGGCGAUAAAUCUCAAUGCUGAAUUGUCUAAGAAAACAGAUGUCUUUGGCCUGAAAGUUUGGGUUUUAAUUGGAAUAGUUGUGGGAGUAUUCAUUGUAGCGAUUCUCACAGUGCUCUCGCUAUGUGCUACUUCAAAGAAGAAAUCAAAAAGAGCUUCUGAUAAGCUUCCUGUUAGUAUUCCUACAAUUUCAAAGGAAAUCAAAGAAGUAAGAAUUGACCAAGUAAGGAUACAUGAAGCUGGUAAUGGAAAAUGCGGAGAUAAAGAAUCUGAUACACUUCUUGUUCAUUUGGGUGUUAAAAAUGGGGAUAACGGUAGUCAAUCGGACUCUUUUCACCUUGCAGAGAAAGAACUUGUUGGUUCUCAAUCAGGGGACUACGGGUCUGGGACCUUUUCUGUUCAUAGGAAUUCUGCGUCUUAUAACGCAACGGCUCCUUCACCACUAAGUGGCUUACCAGAGUUUUCUCAUCUUGGUUGGGGACACUGGUUCACAUUGAGGGACCUGGAACUUGCAACUGACCGCUUUUCAAAGGAAAAUAUCCUUGGGGAGGGGGGAUAUGGUGUUGUCUAUCGCGGUCAACUGAUAAAUGGGACCCCUGUAGGUGUUAAGAAGCUACUCAACAAUCUUGGCCAAGCUGAGAAGGAAUUUGGUGUGGAGGUUGAGGCUAUUGGUCAUGUGCGCCAUAAAAAUUUAGUGCGGCUUUUAGGUUACUGUGUCGAAGGAACUCACAGGAUGCUAGUUUAUGAGUAUGUAAAUAAUGGGAACCUAGAGCAAUGGCUUCAUGGAGGUAUGCUUCAGCAUGGAUAUCUUACUUGGGAGGCCCGGAUGAAGGUUCUACAAGGCACAGCCAAGGCACUAGCUUACUUGCACGAGGCUAUUGAACCGAAGGUGAUACAUCGAGAUAUAAAGUCCAGCAAUAUAUUAAUUGAUGAUGACUUCAAUGCCAAGGUUUCUGACUUUGGUCUGGCCAAGUUAUUAGGUGCUGGGACAAGUCAUAUCACCACUCGAGUUAUGGGAACCUUUGGAUAUGUUGCUCCGGAGUAUGCAAAUACAGGCCUUUUGAAUGAAAAAAGUGAUGUGUAUAGCUUUGGGGUUCUUGUGUUGGAGGCAAUCACUGGAAGAGAUCCUGUAGAUUAUGGACGUGCUGCCAAUGAGGUAAAUCUGGUCGACUGGCUCAAGAUGAUGGUAGGCAGUCGGCGCUCGGAGGAAGUCGUGGACCCAAACAUAGAGAGAAAGCCGUCAACAAGAGCCUUGAAACGAGCUCUUUUGACAGCUUUGAGGUGUGUUGACCCAGACUCGCAAAAGAGACCCAAGAUGAGCCAAGUUGUCCGUAUGCUUGAAUCGGAGGAAUAUCCUAUCCCUAGAGAGGGUCGAAGGCGGCGAAAGAGUCAGACUGAGAGCAUAGACACUGAAUCACUAAAGGAGAACUCAGACACAGACAAGAGUGACAAUCCAGAUUCAAGGGCAGAGAGCAGAAGAAACUACCCGGUAUAGUUAAACGAUUGAGUACGUUUACAAACAUUUAAUGGAGGUGACAAAGAUUUAAGCGGAAAAAUAUUACAAAUUUGGGCUUCUACGAACCCUGAGGGAUGAUUGUUGUGUGUACAGUUAGUUUCAUCGUAGGAGGAUUUGUUGAUGGAAAAAAAAACUCAAAACUUGUUCCCACGAAAAUGAUUAUUGUUGUCUGUUUGUUUGAAUUAGUAAGGGGGGCUUUCAUAUGUUAUAGCAAAGUAAAGUUUUGUCUUGUAUUAAGCGAUUAACUACGUCACAGACUCGCUAUCAUCUAAAGUUGAUUCAUGCCUAUUCUUCUGUCUGCU